AGAGAGAGAUUCAUAGCCUUAUCUCCUACUUGUGGGUUCUUUGCCUUUUUCUCUCUUGUAGGACAAAUAUAUAUUUUAAUUCCCUUGAAAGAGCGUCUUGUCACUCACACAGACACGGAGCCGUCGCCGGUACCCGGCGGGAGACUUACGAAGCACCACGUCCGGCUGCGCUACAAACUAUGCUGAAGAAGCUCCGGUGCAACACCACCACCACCCAACGGACACAGUGAGAGCUGCUUUUUCUUUCCUUGUUUGGUGACUUAUGGAGGGUUAUAAUAAUCAUGUGAGUGAGAAUAACAAUACGAGUAGUACAAGGGGGAGUUUUUUAUAUGGAGGAGGAGGAGGAGCUCCUCUUGUUCUUGCACCCGAUUCUUCAGUGUAUGGGAGAAGUAGGAGUUCCUCCUCUAACGUGAUAGAUCAGCAUCAGCAGCAUACCCACCAUGCCCACCUGCCGAUGAACGCUUUCCAUCAUCAUCAUCAUCAUCAUCAUCAUCAUCAUCAAUCUGGUGAGUGUUUUCCUUCUGAGGCUUCUCCGAUCGUGAAGACUGAAGGUACUGGUUCUCAACCUAAUCAGGAAUUUCACUACCCAUCAGCUGGUAAAGGAGGAGGAAAUGGGAGCUCAAGCGAAGCUGAGGCUAUUAAGGCUAAGAUCGUUGCUCACCCUCAGUAUUCAAACUUAUUGGAAGCUUACAUGGAAUGUCAAAAGAUAGGAGCUCCACCUGAAGUGGUGGCUAGGCUUACGGCUGUUCAUCGGGAGUUUGAAACGCGGCAACGAUCAUACGUAAUUUGCAGAGACUCUUCAACAGACCCGGAACUAGAUCAAUUCAUGGAAGCCUAUUACGAUAUGCUGGUGAAGUAUAGGGAGGAGCUGAUGAGGCCUAUACAAGAGGCCAUGGAGUUCAUGCGAAGGGUCGAAGCUCAGCUUAGUACUCUCACUCAUGGCCCUAUACGGAUAUUAUCCUCAGAUGAGAAGUGUGAAGGUGUGGCCUCAUCUGAAGAAGAUCAAGACAACAGUGGGGGAGAGAUGGAACCCCCUGAUAUUGAUCCACGUUCUGAAGAUAGGGAAUUAAAGAAUCACCUUUUGAAGAAGUAUAGUGGCUACUUAAGCAGCCUCAAGCAGGAGCUUUCUAAGAAAAGAAAGAAAGGGAAACUUCCGAAGGAGGCCAGGCAAAAGCUGCUCAAUUGGUGGGAGAUACACUACAAAUGGCCAUAUCCAUCGGAGACGGAGAAGGUUGCAUUGGCAGAAUCGACCGGUUUGGAUCAGAAGCAAAUCAAUAACUGGUUCAUAAAUCAGAGAAAACGGCACUGGAAACCUUCUGAAGACAUGCAAUUUGUGGUUAUGGAUGGGUUACAUACCCAGAAUGCUGCAGCUCUCUAUAUGGAGGGUCAUUUCAUGAGUGAUGGUGGUUACCGUUUGGGUCCAUGAUCACCAGCAGAAGGGAAAAUGAUCAUAUCCUCUGGUGGAGUAAAUUUGAAGGCUUGUUUAGUUUUGAUCUACUGCCUUAGUAGUGUAGUAUACCCAGGCCUUGCUAUAGUUCAUCAAGGAUCUUAUUACAAAAUGUUAUGUUAUUUUUAUUCAUGAAAUUUCUCUAAAUAUAUGAUGGCCAUUAAUUGAAGUUCA